AAACGUGCAGUGAAAUUGUAAUGCAACAAAAUGUAAUAACGUCGUGUUCUAGGACCGUCCUAAACAAGUAACGCAAGGCGGUUAAGAUGAAAAAACGAAAGCGAUAAGCGCCAUCGCAAUAUAUUUAACCGCCUUUUCCUUAGUCAGCGAACGUUCGUUAUCGGUAGUGUCACGUUGCCAUUUUAAAUAACGUACCUUUUGUGCGCGUUAUGUUACGACGUUCAGUGUUGUUAUUGUCAUUAAUAUAAUAAGAAAUCGAUGAUAGCGGUUCGAAUAAUCCCUCGUUCGCGGCGAACGCAACUAGGUCGGCAACGCUGAAGGCUACAGCGCCGGCGCUCACAUUCAGUUCGCAGACAACAACGAGCGAGGUUUGCAGAAGGACGUGCCCGCCUCGCGCAAAAUGUCGGAAUCCAACGUGUGCAGGUUGUGUUUGGCGGACGCCGACACAAUGGACGUGUUCGACAGGAGGAUCGCCGUCCAAGUAAGCCUUGAAGUGAUGAUUUUAGAAGCGACAGGAGUUGAGAUAAAAGAGACUGACCACGUAUCUAAAAGAAUCUGCCCAAAGUGCUUAGAAAUAGUUACAAGGGUGUACAAGUAUCGCCAUAAUUGUCAGAAGAAUAACAAAACCCUUCAAAGUGAACCACCACCACCAGAACCCGCCGUGGUUAUAAAAACUGAGAUAGACAUAGAAAGUUCACCGCUGGAGGACGAAACAGAAAAUAUCGCAGUAACAACAGAAGAGCAACAGGGUUAUUCAAUUAAAAUUCAUCCAUCUAUUCAACAAUUAUAUGAAGUUUACCCUAUAUUAAAGUUACCUGCCAUGUGCUUAGAUGUUGACAUAGACCCGAUAGUGGAGGUAGAACUAACUGAUUACGAUAAACUGAUGGAAUUGAGAACUAAUUGUUCCAAUUCUAUUGAAGAGUCUACAGACGUAAAUGGUAUUGACGAGCCGAUACUAAACGUAUCUGAAAGACAAUCGUCUCUCUCCAACUUAACACCGGAUAAUAAUUUACCUAAGACUGAUGCAACUAGUGCAUUAGAACCCCAACAAGAUAAACAACCCCCUAAACGAAAAAAUUCUGAUACUGGACCUAGUGUAAAUAAGAAAAUUAAAUUAGCAGAGCCGAGUUCAUUGGAUACAUCUGUGUCAUAUGUGGAAAAGUCAGUGAGAAUCUUGGAAUGUGAAAUAUGCAAUGGAGUAUUUUCAACACCUAAAGAUUUGAGAAGCCAUCAACGAUCACAUAUGAGAUGUCAGUUCUGUAAGAAGAGCUUCAAAUCUCUCUUUAAUAAGAAGAGACACGUCGAUUCGGACUGCAUGAUUUAUAAAAUGAUGACAAAUUUACCGCAUGUGUCACUACCGGACAUAUUACGUGAUCGAAAUGUACGGAAGAAGUACAGCAACGCAUUCGUAAAUUUUGAACCCCUUUCGGAUGAAAUUACAAAAGCACUGGAUAAAAAUGACAAAGACCUGUCAGUCGUUGUUGUUUCUGACGAAGAAAAUACUGUUGAGACGGAUUCAAAUCGUAUAUUAAAUGAAGAAACUGGAAUGUUUACUAAAGAUCCAGAUAAGGUUUCGGAUACAGGAACACCUGCCACCAAGACGAAUGUAAGUCCACAGGUCAACUCCAUGUCUUCUAAAGAGGAAUGCGAUAUACCUCAAUCUGAUAUUCCCGCGACAAAUAAUGAGUUGCCUGCCAUACCUGCGACACAAGUUACCACAACCGAUAACGGUGACGAUUUCAACUUUAAACCAAACAUAAAAUUAAAACAUGAUUUUCUUAGUCCAAUUGACCAUAAAAGUUCGAGUAUAAAAAUUAUAAAAGAUUUACUAAUUAAACAGAAGUUAUAUAAUCUAACUUCUGAAAAGGGUACUGAUCCAAUGGUUCCAAAAUUAGAUGAUGUUUCCUACAACAAAGACAGUAGAACUUUUGAAUUAAAUAAUAUAAAAAGUCAACUAAAUAUUUACAAGGUUCCAGUAGAGAUUAGAAAUGGACCCUUCGAUGUAAGUUUCGUUUAUCCACAACAAAAAGUAACCAAAAAGAAGAAACUCAAUUUGUGGGUUGAAGAAGCAAUUGAUCUUGUUUAUCCGCAGAAUCUCCAGGCUAAAACGGCCCAAACAGUCCCAGCAAGUGCUCUCGCAACCAAAACAAAUACAUUAUGCAUACCAGCCACUUCUGCGCAAGCUCAGAACAAUUUAACACUUCAAUAUUCGCAUGCUCUUAUACAAUCACAAAACCACAAGACUCCACAAACUGUCCCAGCAAGUGCUGUCGCAACCAAAACAAAUACAUUAUGCAUAUCAACCACUUCUGCGCAAGUUCAGAACAAUCUAACUCAUCAAUAUUCGCAAGCUCUUAUGCAAUCACAAAACCACAAAACUGUUGCAAAUCCAUUGAAACAGCACCGUAUUAUCGUGCAAACGAAAAACGGUAAAUCUUUUAUAAAUACAUCCCAACCGACGCGUAGUUAUGAACAAACACAAAACAAUAAACCUGUAUUAAAUACUUCCCUACAGCCCCGUAUUUCUAUUCAAAUACAAAAUAAUAAAGCUGUGUUAAAUACUUCUCAACAGCCUCGCAUUACACUUACAAACACAUACCAACAGCCACGCACUUCUGUUCAAACACAAAACAACAUAACAUUUUUAAAUACAUCGCAACAGUCACGCGUAUCAGUGGCAACGCAAAACAAUAAAGUUUUAAAUUAUGUUAUGCCGGCAAGUUCCUUUCCAGUUCUUAAAGCAGUGUCUGCUAAUGGUCCCGUAGUUACAACAGCCACCAUUAACAAUUCAUCAUGGAAUCCCACACAACUGGCGAAGAGUCCGAAUCAGAAACUAGUUAUUUUACCAAAGUCUGCUAAGGUCAAUCAGAAGCAGACUGUGAGCCAAUCAAAUGUGAUAUGUGUUAAUCCGACACCUGCGACUGUGCCCGCAACCAUUAGUCAACCAACCAGUGUUGCUCCAGCAGCACCAGCUCCUGCAACAACAACGACUAAGGUUUUACGAGUCCGUAAUCUGGCAGAUCUUAUGGCAUAAGCUGUUGGAGACACACUUUAACAACACUAUUUGAACUUUAUUAUUAUAAACAGAAUUACACAAAUUACUACUUUUCAA